AUGGCACUCUCUAUAGUCUCGCUGCAGCAAUUUAAACGUGAUCUCUACGCGGCAGAGACGCUCUCUGAUGCAGGCCGGGCACUAUUGCAAGCUGUACCGUACUGGCUUCCUUUUGUAAGUGCGGGGGCCUGCAUUACAACAUAUAUUCUAACUAUGCGUUUACGUCUCUUUAUUGCAAAGUGGCGUCGCACCGCACGAAGAAGAGCAGAGCGGAAAUAUAGGGCAUUAGGACACUUACACAAUGGUAUUCCACCCCCAUGUAGCUCUUUUACUAUCGUGGAAGAUGAUGAGGAUGAUGAUAAUAACAGUUAUAGGAAUAUGAACAAAAACGGUAGUAACAAUGACAACGACAACAGCGGUAUCAGCAACACCAAUAGUAAUAAUGGUAACAAUAGUGAAGAUAGCACAACACUUUCAAUGUUAGAUAUUGAGGAGUUUCGCCGAAGUCUAGGUAUUCGUUCCCCACGCGAUGAUGACCUUCUAGUUAUGGUAGAAGAGAUGCUCCUUGUAGACCCUAUUCCUGAUGGCUGGGUUCUAUAUCGUACCACCGCUGGGGUAGUACGCUUUAUGAAUAUCAACACCCAAGAACUGUUCUUCUUUCACCCUGACAAGCAAGAGGAAGAACAAUAUAUUCGAGCUGAAUUACAACGGCGAAAUAAAACCUCUUUAGAGGCAAAGUAUAAGUUCUCAUGCAGUGAUGAAGAGAGAACUUUUUGCGGUGUCGCAAGCCUUCCAUCUUCAAGUACUCCCCCUAUUUCUUGGAAACAGCAGAUAAAUAAGGGGAAACGUAGCAAUAAAGUUCGUGCGGACGAUAAUGAUAACAAUAUUGCAGCACCAAUGAAAUUUAGUGAUAGUGAUGCAUAUGAUUAUGAUUAUGAUUAUGAUGAACAUAGUUACGACGAUGGGAAAGAUACACAAUCAACGUUUAGGCGUCUUUUUCACUACUUCCUUGAACGAGAAAAACGAAAAAUAGAAAGGGAUGUUGAAAAAAAAUUUCGUCACUCUACUGGUGCUCUUGUUAUUAGUGGUAGUGGUGGAACUAGCGGUGAUAUUGGAACCCCAUCCUUUGAAAACCGUACUAUGCGUUUGAUAUCAGCCAAUACAGUUUAUAAUCACAAUUACAGUAACACGCACCCAAAACGAGCAAGUUCUACCUGA